AUGUCUCUUCAUUCUCAACCUGCACCACUCCAGCCUAUCCGAACUCCACAUUACCAGCUCAAUAAUCAUGGUAUCACGUACAAUCCAUCUUGGAUUGCCCUCAGCCCUUAUCCACUCUUGGACCUUUACGGCUUUCUUGAAACUUCGCUUGCAAACAAUGACACACCUGCACCUUCCUUGACUGCGAACGGAGAGCCAGCUUCUAACCCCUCCACAAAAAGUGAACAUACUAGGAAGUUCGAGAACUGGCACCUCUCUCUCAUCACAUCACGGAAGUUUGAAACUGAAUACUGGACCCUCAAGCAAUGGCUUGAAGCUCGCAUCAAAGUGAUGCCAUACUUUCUUGACAAACAAGCCACAGAGUCUUUUUCGUAUAGUGAAGAAGAUGAGGCGAAAAUGGCCUAUAUGAAUCUUCACCAACCUGUGCGGGAGGCCCUCAACUCCGUUUUGAGAUGUGCAGGUUCUACAUGGAGAGUUGAAUGGAAGGCAGAAGUUACUACCGAUGGUGGGAGGUCUGAUCAGCUUCUCGUUGCACUCCGGAAAGAUGUACGAUAUCAAUCCAACUAUGACUGGAAGGAAUGUUCCAGACACCGUGCUAACCCGGCACCCACUCAAUAUGCACUCUGUAUCGUGGAGGAUAAAGUAUAG